AUGCAACGGCUACGCGACCUGUUCAACGGCGCUUUCUCAAAACUGUCACCGAUACGAAGAAUACGUCGAAAACGCGUCUUCCGACUUCUGGAUCUUCCUUCCGUUCCUCUCUUGAAAUGUCUGGGAAUGUUCGGCAUUAUUGAGCGGUAAGCGGAAUCUUUUGAUUUGAAUGAAAUAUUCCAUUUUUAAUUCUCAGGUGCCAUUUCUCGAAGUGCUCAAAGACCGCAAAGGCAGCUCUCAUGUCAUUGAAGAAGGAACCCAUCUUUUUUUAUGGCUUCUUUCAAUCCUCGCUUCCAAAUAGCUGCUGGUUUCGGAGUGUAUCUAGAGAAUUAUCGCACUUUUUACAUUGACAAGCCCACAGAUUCCAUAUUUUGGAGGAGGGUAACAAAAAGACCUGAACCUUGUUGGAAAGGACGGCAAUCGGAGCUGUUCGCAGAAGUGGAGCACUACGAAGAAGCUCUGCGAACUCCUUUGAAAGGGAUUGUAAUAAGUUACGAUCACUUUCAAGAGGGAGUUCGGGACAUUAUUGAUCACGUCAAUCGCCAGAAUUUCGUACUUGAUGUGCUUGCCAUCAGUGGCGGAUGUCCGAAUGAAGAAGAUGCUCGAUUCAUUCUGGACAACUGCAAAGCCACCAAUACCCUUAUAUUUCUAUUAAUAUUUCCCCGAUACUUUCGUUAUGAAUUCAAAUUAGUUGGGAGGGAUGUGCUUAUCUCUGAUUCCUACUGGUUAACAAUUGAUAACAUUAUCUCGAUGGACUGUGCGAUCAUCCAACUGGAAGGUGCAGAGUUCACACAACAAGACCUCAACCGAUUCGUCAAACUCUGGAUGGCUGGAGCGAAUCCCCGUUUGGAGUAUUUAUUGAUGUUCAGAAAUAUACGAGCGAAAGUCACUCUUAACAAGUUUGACAUAGUGGAUGGUAUACAAUUUGUCGAAAUUGAUGACACGGUCGAACGGCAUUAUUUAGUGUAAGUUUACAAAAUAAAGAGUCUUUGAGAAUAGUUCAUUCUUCAGGAAAGAAAAAGCAAUGCCGCCGGUCAAGAGGAUUUGUUCGGGUGGGCUGGACAUUGUGAGGCAAGAUGGUGUAAAAGCGACGAUCGAGAGUUAUUCUUGCGACGAACUGGACAUGCAUCUAUUCAUUUUCAUUGUUUGGCCUCAUUCAUCUUCCGAGUGGUUGGAGAUUGACCACUCUUAUUAG